ACCUCCACUCAGUCCCGCUCAGGCUUUUAUUUUGAAGGCGGUCGCUGCACCGGAAGUGGCCUCAUAUCCAGGUCUUUGUAUUCGCCGAGGUUCACGAUUCUUGUCCAAACGGGCUCCGGUACCGACCUGCACCGUGCGCUCCGAGUCUCAGUCCGGUUCGGUUUCCCGUCAGACCUUCGGGAUGUCGGUGUUGAGCGGCAAAGCCCUUCACGAGCAGCUGUCCAUCAUCAUGGGCGCGCUCACGAAGGCGGCGGUGGCGGAGAUCUGCGAGGUGGUGGACGAGGGCUACGCCGUCCUGCAGAUGGAGAUCAGCCGCAGCCACAAGGAGAACGACGACCUGCGGAAGAAGCUGCACCUCAUCGAGUCCAUAGUGGUCCGGGGCGGCGGCGGGGGCAAGCCGGCGGCGGCGGCGGAACCGGGGGUCGUGGAGAUCCAGGAACAGCCGGAGACGAAGCCGCCUCCGCCGCAACACCAGCAGCGGGACGACGACGGAGGAGACACCGCCACUGCCGGAGGAGACGGGGGAGAGGCGGUGGUGGUGCCGGAGGAGUUUCCAGACGUGGUCCUGAUUAAAGACGAAGACUCGGACAGUAACGACGUCUACGAGGACGAUAAGAAAACGGCAGCCGACGGCAGCAGUGGCGCGUCAACGCCCAUCGGCCGUCGGACCAAGAGACCAUGGUCCGGACCUGAAGACGCCCCGAGUCAGUCGGUGAAGUCGUCUCCGUCGGAGCCACUCGCCAUGAGGAGUCCCCCGUCAAGGCUGAGCGCCGGGACGCCCAAGAAGACACUGUCCUCGGUCUACGCCCUGGACUCGCCUCACAGCGAGCCGGUCUGCGCCGAGCUGGACAACGCCGAGUCCACCUGCUCCUACUCAUCUCAGAUGGACCCGGACCUCCAUGUGGUCCAUCAGGACUGCUCGCUGCUGUCCAACAGGCCGCCGCCCUACUUCAGCGGUGCCCUGAUGGAGUCCCAGUCCCCGUCCGGCAGGGCGGAGCUGGACCUGAGCCUGACCUGGACCAAACAGGCCAAAACCCAGACCCCGUUCACUCACUUCCACCAGAGCGAGAACAUGGACUCCGACGCCUUCGGCCUGAAGCUGGUCAGCGUGUCGGGCUCCACAUCGGCCGACUGCCAACUCUCCGAAAGCAGCAACUCGGCGUUCGAUUACGACGAGGCCGACGUGGUGAACUUCGGCCUCUACCGGGACCAGACAGGUCAGCUGUGCAACGGUCGGCCCGGAUCCGGGUCCAAGUCCAGGCGCUUCAUGUGCUCCAUUUGUAAAAAGACGUACGCCACGUCUCAGAACCUGGAAGUCCACAUGCGGAUCCACACGGGCGAGCGGCCGUUUAGCUGCGACCAGUGCGGGAAGAAGUUCACCCAGUCGGCGCACCUCAAGUCGCACCUGAGCGUCCACACCGGCGAGCGGCCGUACGCCUGCAGCAUCUGCUCCCGCAGCUUCAUCGUCCAGUACAGCCUCAAACUCCACAUGAAGAAAUGUCACCCCAACGUCUGAGCCCGGACGGCACCAAGGACGGAGGUGUGGAACCAAACACUGACCUGAGAACCACAGUCUGUGGGUUUAUCAGCAGGAGGCAGCCCUAUGUUCCCCACACCCUACACAGGCACCAGAGAACACGGAUACUGGGAAUAUAGGCACCGGGGAACAUGGGUACUGGGGAAUAUAGGCACCGGGGAACAUGGGUACUGGGGAACACGGGCACCAGGGAACAUGGGUACUGGGGAAUAUAGGCACCGGGGAACAUGGGUACUGGGGAACACGGGCACCAGGGAACAUGGGCACCAGGGAACAUGGGCACCAUGGGUACUGUGGAACAUAGGGAUGCUUCUUAUAAACUUCACUCACUGUCAUUAAAACUUUCUGAGAUGUUUAACCCAUAAAGACCCAGUCCUACUU